UUCCCAAAUUCGCACCUGAUAGCCUUGGGGAAAGUUUCCAUCCCUUCCAAAAUUCGCACCUGGUAGCCUGGCGCUCUGUCUGCCUCUGAUUCUCUCUUAACCAAUAACCAGGAUUUGAGAGGAGCCCAUUAGAAGGUGUCAGGGUAGACCCUAAUUGCUCGACCACAUGCAGUAUUCAAAUUAGGAUCGACCUGAGGUACGUAGGUGUGGAAAUUAGGAUCGACCUGACCUGAGGUAGGUGUGGAUUCUGAGAUUCUUAUAUAUGUAAUUUCAAAUAACUGUGCAUCUAUCGCGGAAUAUGGAUCAAUUGAUGGUGGAAAAGUUGGCAUCGGGCACGGGUGAGGGCGCAGCAGCCCCUCAUCCUCAGCGGCGGCCAAGGGUGAGGGAGGUGAGCUCUAGGUUCAUGUCUCCUGUGGCCGGUGAUCCCUUUCCUACCAGAUCACCUCUUCCUAAACAUCAACAGGGACAGGGUGUCUCAACUCCAAGCCCGUACCUUGCAGAAAGACAGAGGUCAUCCUCCGUGAAUAGGCCACGGAGGCACUUGGACUUGGAGCCAUUCCGCUGCUCUGACGAGAACAGGCCCGCCCGCCCCGAGUCUCCUCUGCCACCAGAUCAGGCAAGGAAACAGCGUCCUGUCCCUGUCCCUGUCCCUUUUAAAGAGAACGGAGGAGGAGGAGGCAAACCCCAACAGCAUCAUCUUCCUAAAACUUGCCCUGGGAGAGUAAGCAAUAAUGCUUUUACUACACCCUCACGACCUGACACACCCAUGGUGACUGCUAGUCUCGAUAGGACAAGAAUCAGACAGCGGUCUUCCAAUUCCAAUGUCAGUAGUGCCACAGCAGCUACUAAGCUCUUGCAAUCUACCACUGAGGCCACCUCCAGUGACACUAAUCACACUCAAAUCACCAGAAGGUGUCUUCCUGAUGUUCGCUCCUCCAUGCCCGAGGCCGAUAUGUUGUUGCCGACUGUUUCCAGUAGACAGACGACCGAAAAAAGUUGUAACAGGCCUAAUGCAACUGUCAAUGGCAGCGAUUUUUCAAAAUUUUCUGCUUCCCCUUGCUCCCGUUCUCUCAACUUGCCACCGUCAAGCUCCGAGCACUUACUCUUCCAGUCAAUCAAAGGCAGUGACAAAUUAGAAUCUGCUUUCUCCAAGCCAUAUGCAAAUGCAGUGAAGAUUGGCGGCCUCUGUCUGCCCCCAGUCCCACCAUGUGCUAGUGCAAAGCCAGGUUCAGAAAUAAGGAAAGGAAAGAAAGUUUCUAGUCUCCGAGAAGAUGCUCAUUCCUUGAGAUUGCUGCAAAACCGCUAUUUGCAGUGGAGAUAUGCCAAUGCAACAGCACAGGCUUCCAUGCUAGCUCAGCAGAGAGAGUCUGAGAGAACACAUUAUUCUCUUGCAUUAAAGAUAACAGAACUAUAUGAUUCUGUGAAGAGAAAACGGAUAGACCUUGGUGUUUUGCAAAGAACAAAGACUUUAUCGACAAUUCUUGAAGCUCAAAUUCCAUAUUUGGAUCAGUGGUUUUCUCUUCAAGAGGAUUAUUCAAUUUCUCUGGCAGAAGCAACUCAAGCUUUGUUGAAUGCAUCACUCCGGCUUCCAAUCAGCUCCAAUGUUAAGGCUAAUAAACAAGAGGUAGAAGAGGCACUGAACUCAGCAAUGGAAGUGAUGGAGAAAAUAGUUUUCCAUGUUCAGCAAUCUAUGCCGAAGGCAGAGGAAACAGACCAUUUGAUUUCGGAUCUAGCAAGAGUGAUUGGUGGAGAAAGAGCUUUCGUUGAAGAAUGUGGAAAUCUGUUGUCCAAGACAUAUACAACACAGGUGGAAGAGUGUAGCUUAAGGGGCCAUAUUAUCCAGUUGAAACAACACUAUUGAGUUGCUGUCAGAGUGAGAAAUGAAUCCAGAGUGUAACAACAUUGCAACUGGGUGAGCAAUGAAUAAGUUGUUGCUUAAGGGGCCAUAUAAUUCAGUUGAAACAACACUGUUGAGUUGCUGACAGAGUGAGCAAUGAAUCCAGAGUGUAACAGGUGGAAGAGUGUAGCUUAAGGGGCCAUAUUAUCCAGUUGAAACAACACUAUUGAGUUGCUGUCAGAGUGAGAAAUGAAUCCAGAGUGUAACAACAUUGCAACUGGGUGAGCAAUGAAUAAGUUGUUGCUUAAGGGGCCAUAUAAUUCAGUUGAAACAACACUGUUGAGUUGCUGUCAGAGUGAGCAAUGAAUCCAGAGUGUAACAAGUAACAACAUUGCAACUGGGUGAGCAAUGAAUAAGUUGUUGCAGCAUGUCAUUUGUGCUAGCUAGGUGAAUAGUGUGAUUUAGCAAUAUACAUACGUGAUUUUUCAACAAAACCAGUGAAGUCCUUAAUUCUACUUCUCUUUGCAAGGAGAGUAAUUCUAUUUCUUUUAUUCUUUUAUUUUUUUUAUUACUGUACUUUGUAAGGGCUACA